ACAACUUCAUCUCCGCAGAGUAAGCAAGAUCGCGAAGAUCAGUUCGAUCUGGAGUUUUGGUAGUGCCAGCAGCUGGUCACGACUGGGUUAUCUAACUACUGUCAUUCAACCAAUUUAUCAGGAAUUAGCGGUUUUCAAUACCCGUCCCCUAGUACUAGUGAGCUUCAAUGACUCGAUUAAGCAUAUAGAAUACCACUAGCAACGACCAAUUAGGGUAAUCUUCGAUCGUGCAGCUUCCAAAUCGAUGGACCUGUUAUCAACAUAUCAUGGAGAUGACAUCGCCAACACUUGCCAAUAAUUUUGCAAAUGUUUGGACAAAUCGACGCAGUCCAAUCCAUCAUUUAACUACUACACAGGAUGUGAUCAACCAGGGGAAAUGUCUCUGCGGCGAAUACAUCCGAGCUCGGCUGAGACGAUCCGGGCUGCUGAACCGUAAAAUUUUACAGCGUUUGCGCAGCACGAUGGAAGUUCCUAAUUGUGUGGUCGUUCGUGAAACAUCGCCAAUUUUGAACGGAAUGGGCGAAGAGCUGGAACGGAUGCACCCGCGUCUGUACAGUAACGUGAGCCGACAGAUUUCAGUAGAACCGUGGGGUGAACUGACCGAACCCGACUCGGUAUGCUAUCUCCUACAUAUCGUUGCAAAGGAUCUCUUCAAAACGGAUAUUACCUGGGGAAAGGUGAUCUCGCUGUUCGCGAUCGCCGGUGGCUUAGCCGUGGAUUGCGUUCGCCAAGAGCACUACGAUUAUCUGCAGCAACUGAUCGAGGGAACAACUGACGUUAUCGAGGAAGAUCUGAGCGUGUGGUUAGUCGAAAAAGGCGGCUGGCUAGGGCUCCAGGAUCACGUUCAUCCACCGCAGAGCGAAAUUACAUUCCUCGGUUGGAUGGCGAUCACCAUAUCAACACUAUUUGUGAUUUACUUAAUUUCGGUUUUACUUAAAUAUCUUGGCUCAAGUUAUCUGUCGAAAUUCUAACGAAAAGCAUCCACGUAAUUAUCCGCACUGCUUAUUUUAUGUGUAUACAUAUAACUAAUUUGUGAUCAUAAAAAUAAUCGCUUAAAAUUGAAAGCACUCUAUUCACGUAUUUGAAUUUUAUACCUUAAUGUAGCUUAACCGUAAGAGCAAACAAAAAAAACACAAAAAGGGAAGCAACGAUGAAGAAAACCACACAUUUUACCCAACGUCUCCACUAGACAGAAAUGUCUUGCCAUUUUGCUGCCAGAAAGAGAAAACGUAACAGAAAUGAUCAACACCGCUGCUUUCCAUGCAAACAGCGAGAGAACAUUUCUGUCAUGACACAUCUGUCCAGCAAAAUGGCAAGACAUUUCUGUCUAGUGGAGACGUCGGGUUACUCAUCGAAUAGAAAGCGUUAUUUCAACAUAGAAAUACAGUGGUGCUCUUUCAAAUUGUCUACUGUUGAUUGUUUACCGUUGUUCGAUAGCCCGCUUACGUAAUCCAGUAUCUGAAAAAAAAAAAAGUCGUUCCAACUGCAAAUAUGAGUGAUACUAAUGCUCAAAGCAAUGAAUAGCUAACAUAAAUCUCUUUUUCUUUGUGUUGAUCAUUGUAUUGAAUAAAUUUGUUGAAAUACAAAA